AUGUCUCGGCCUGUCAGAAACAGGAAGGUCGUUGACUAUUCACAGUUUCAGGAAUCUGAUGAUACUGAUGAAGAUUAUGGAAGAGAUUCGGGCCCUCAGGCUAAGAAAAUUCGAUCAUCUCCCCAAGAAGCUAAAAAUAAGAGGCGAUCUGGAAAGAAUUCACAGGAAGAUAGUGAGGACUCAGAAGAAAAAGAUGUGAAAACCAAGAAGGAUGAUUCUCAUUCAGCAGAAGACAGUGAAGAUGAAAAAGAAGAUCAUAAAAAUGUACGUCAGCAACGGCAGGCAGCAUCAAAAGCAGCUUCUACACAGAGAGAAAUGCUCAUGGAAGAUGUGGGCAGCGAGGAAGAACCAGAAGAAGAGGAUGAAGCACCAUUCCAGGAGAAAGAUUGUGGCAGCGAUGAAGAUUUCCUAAUGGAAGAUGAUGAUGAUAGUGACUAUGGCAGUUCAAAAAAGAAAAACAAAAAGAUGGUUAAGAAGACCAAACCUGAGAGAAAAGAAAAGAAAAUGCCCAAACCCCGGCUAAAGGCUACAGUGACGCCAAGUCCAGUGAAAGGCAAAGUGGGUCACCCCAGGGCUUCAAAGGCAUCCAAGGAAAAGACUCCUUCCCCCAAAGAUGACGACGAGGAACCAGAAAGCCCUCCAGAAAAGAAAACAUCUGCCAGCCCCCCACCCGAAAAAUCUGGGGAUGAAGGGUCUGAGAAUGAAGCCCAGUCUGGGGAGGAUUAAGAGUGAUGAUGGUUUGAGGAGAGAUUUUAUUAAAAAAA